UUCAUUGCUCACAGACUUGUUCCCUCCCCGGUCUGCGGCUGCUGCAGCAGCGGCGGUGGGACGCAGGAGCAGUCCCGAGGCUGGCAGCGGAUGAGACCUGGACGAAUUUAAGACUGCUGGUAGGUGUGGACGACAGACAUCUGGGUGGCAUGGGAAUGCAGGUGCCAGGCGAACUAGAGGGUGGUGCUGGGUGCGACCAUCGGGAGAAGGUCCCCUCCCCCUCAGCCUUUGCUGAAACCAACAAGGGAACCCCUAAAAGAAGGGCUAAGAAGGUAUGCACAAGAUACUGGGUCCCCCAAGAAGGGGCUGGGAGGAGGUAGACGAGCGUUUGAGCCCGAAUGCGCAGUAAGAAAACCUCCACUUCUCAGGUGAUGCCCAGAGAGGAGGGAGGGAAGGGUACAAAAGGAACGGAAUGUGUGGGGCUCUCUGUCAGUCUGCCUGUUGGAGUGUCUAGUGCAUGCACAGAUUUUGAUGUUCUGGUGCACCUUCGAGUUGGGCGCUGAGGGUCUGGGUCUUGUUGGGUGUGUUGGAUGGAUCUAGGAACAGACCCAAGAGCAAUUCUGUUUAGAGAAGGGUUUAUCUUCCCACGGCUCUCCAAGCAGACUUUAAGUAGAACACUUCUCCACCCAAGGGUGUCCUACCUUAAAGCAAAGGAAAUCCCAACUUUUCCUCUCUCCCUAGGGACAGUACAGGCUAGCCUUGAAACAGAAUCAUAGCCCUCUUGGACCUGUGGUGAUGAGAGAUAUUCUUCCCUCCUCACCAAGCCUGUCUCCUCCUCUUCCAGGAUUUGCUACUGUCACUGCUGUUUCCUCUUCCCCACGGGCCCUCUCCCAUCUCUUUUUUCUAAGAUGGCAGCCAGCAGCUCUGAGGUCUCUGAGAUGAAGGGGGUGGAAGACAGUUCCAACACCCAGACAGAAGGUCCCAGGCAUUCUGAAGAAGGACUAGGUCCUGCCCAGGUUGUAGCAGAGAUCCCAGACCAGCCAGAGGCCCUUCAGCCAGGCCCAGACAUCACUGUAGCCCCUGUGGACUCAGGGCCUAAGGCAGCGCUGGCACCAGAAACCACAGAGACCCCAGAUGAAAUCCUAGAAACAGUCCAGGCCACAGACCUCAGCUUAAAACCAGGAGAAGACUCCAAGGCCAGCCCCAGUCCCAAAGAAGGAUCCCAAGAGCCAGCAUCUAAGCCAGAGGACAGAGAAGCUACAGCAGAGCAAGGGUCUGAGCAGCAGUCUGCAGCCCCUCCUGAGCCACCCUCAGAGCCUGCUUGUCAGCCUAAUACCCAGUCAGACCCUCAGCCAACUUCCCAGCCUCUUCCUAAAUCACCCCUUCAGGCAGAUCCCCCCACCCAAGAGGACCCUACCACAGAGGUCCUGACAGAAAGUACAGGGGAAAAACAAGAAAAUGGAGCAGUGGUUCCCCUUCAGGCUGGUGACGGGGAAGAGGGCCCAGCCCCCCAGCCUCACUCACCACCCUCAACUAAAACACCCCCAGCCAAUGGGGCUCCCCCCCGUGUGCUGCAGAAGCUGGUUGAGGAAGACAGAGUAGGAAGGGCUCAUGGUGGGCAUCCAGGAUCUCCUCGAGGUAGCCUAAGCCGUCAUCCCAGCUCCCAGUUGGCAGGGCCUGGGGUAGAAGGGGGUGAAAGCACCCAGAAACCUCGGGACUAUAUCAUCCUUGCCAUCCUGUCCUGCUUCUGCCCCAUGUGGCCUGUCAACAUUGUGGCCUUCGCUUAUGCCGUCAUGUCCCGGAACAGCCUGCAACAGGGGGACGUGGAUGGGGCUCAACGUCUGGGCCGAGUAGCCAAGCUUUUAAGCAUCGUGGCGCUGGUUGGGGGGGUCCUCAUCAUCAUCGCCUCCUGUGUCAUCAACUUAGGCGGUGAGUGGGGGUCGGGGACAGGAGAGGGAGGAGCGGAGGUGACAAGGGCAGCUUUACUAACCCCUGACCCUGCUCUCUCCUGUCUGUCCCCCCUAUUCCUUUGUCUCUUCCUGUCUCUCCCUGUCUGUCUUUCCCUUUCCUCGCCCACAGUGUAUAAGUGAGGGGCUCUGCCCUGCAUUCCAAGACUUUUCUUCCUGUUGGGAGCUGUCUUGGGUCCAUCCCUAUCCUGGGAGAAUCCCAGUCCAUGGCCCUGGCCCCCAUCCCUAGGGACCAAGGGAGCCUGAGCGGCCUUGUUUACAGCUUCUUUCCUACUCCUGCAUCCUGCCAGGCUCCUCUGCCAGCCAUAGGCUUCCUUUCUCCCUGCACUUUUGCCUGCAGACCUCCCCUCCUGCCUCUUGACCUCCCUAACCCUGCACUCUGAAAACCUCUCUGCACUUCUGGAAGCCUUCCUGAACAUUAAAUUGUACUCUGCACCUCUGCAUCUCUCCCAGCCUCCCUGCACUUCUUCCUGCCUCUGGAAUCCUCUGAACCUUAACUAACCCCGACUUCCCAACUUUCAUUGUCUUGGUAUCUAACCCAUCCCUUUCUUCCCUUCCUUCACAUCCUCUCCCCUUGCCACAUCCCCUUCUCCCUUUUCCCUUCUCAUCUUCCCCUUAGCGUCUUCACCCUCCUGCCAACACUUAGUCUGCAAAAACUGCAGUACUUAGGUCAGGCUGAGGGAAGAAGGAUGGUAUGGGGAGAGGAGCCUAGCUGGGGGCUCUGACUGUUCUGUACUGGGGACCACCCAGGACCAGACCAUACUCUCACCCCAACCCCUAAGGUGCCUAUUGGGUCGCAAAGCUGGCAAGCCAGGCCACACCUGGGGGACUUGCACAAGAGUGGGAGUCCCCACUCUGAACAUCCAGGGGAGGAAGGGGUACAGCUGCGGCUGAAGAGUCAGCCUGAAUUGACCUGCCCAUUCGGGCUUUUUAACCUCAGAGUUUCUUGUUUGAAGGUCCAUUUAUGUCCUUUAUAAACAGUAGAAUUAAAAAAAAAAAAUGACCAAAGUUCCCAGCUGCAGGGAGCAAGAGAAGGGCGGGGGAGCUCUGUAAUUAUUCUCUAAGAGGAUGAGGGAGGUUUGUUGCACGCGACAGCCCUCUGAGGAGGCAGAGAGCCAGCUGCCAUUUUGGAGUUGGUGGGGUUUUUUUUUUUUGUUUGUUUCCUUUCUUUAAAAAAAAAAAAAAAAAGUUGGGGGAAAACUAAAAUUCCUUUAAAAAAAUAAAACUGAGUCUCCCUUUUUGUAUGCUGAAUGCUGCAUGAGUCUUAAACACUAAUAAACAGAGAUUGCAUGAGA